CCAAGCUGGAGCGGACGGAGCAUCUGCCUGCGUCUGCCUGCGGGUGUCAGUCAGCGUUAUCGUCACACACCACUGAAACACUGCUCCUGGGAAUAUAACAAAGGAGUAUAAUCCUACAGCGGUUGGUCUCUGAAAGGUGGAAUCAUGUCUGCUGGUCCGGCGACGUUGCGCAUCCUCAUAAAGGGAGGCAAGGUGGUGAAUGAUGACUUCACGCAGGAAGCGGAUGUGUACAUCGAGAACGGCAUCAUUCAGCAGGUGGGCAAAGAGCUGAUGAUCCCAGGCGGUGCCAAGGUUAUAGACGCCACUGGAAAGCUGGUGCUUCCCGGGGGCAUCGACACCAGCGUUCACCUGCAGGAGAGCUUUAUGAACGCCACCACAGCAGAUGACUUCUACAGUGGCACUAAGGCUGCUCUGGCUGGAGGCACGACAAUGGUGUUGGGUUAUGUGCUGCCCGAGAAGAAUGAAUCCUUGCUGGACGCCUAUGAGAAAUGUCGGGCUCACGCUGAUGCCAAGACCUGCUGUGACUACGCUCUUCAUGUUGCUGUUACCUGGUGGAGUCCCAAGGUGAGGGCUCAGAUGGAGACCCUGGUAAGAGAAAAAGGAGUGAACUCCUUCCAUAUGUACAUGGCGUACAAGGAUUUGUACAUGCUGAGAGACAGCGAGCUGUUCCAGGCCCUGCAGCACUGUAAGGACAUUGGUGCCAUAGCCCGUGUACACGCUGAGAACGGGGAGCUGGUGGCUGAGGGUGCCAAAGAAGCGUUGGAUCUGGGCAUCAGUGGACCAGAAGGCAUUGAGAUCAGCAGGCCUGAAGAGCUGGAGGCAGAGGCUGUGCACCGAGCGAUUACCAUCGCCAACAGAGCUCACUGUCCUAUAUACCUGGUUAAUGUAGCCAGCAUGUCAGCAGGAGAUGUUUUGGCCUCUGGGAAGAUGCACGGUAAAGUGGUGCACGGGGAGACCACCACUGCCCACACUGUCAUAAACGGGCUGCAAUACUACCACCAGGACUGGGUUCAUGCUGCUGCCUAUGUCACGGUGCCUCCCUUGAGGCUGGACCCCAACACGCCCAACUUCUUGCUCAGCCUGCUGGGAAGCGACACGCUGAAUGUGGUGGCGUCGGACCACCGGCCCUUCAGCACCAAGCAGAAGGCCAUGGGUAAAGACGACUUCACUAAAAUCCCUCAUGGUGUGCCUGGUGUGCAGGACCGCAUGAGUGUCAUCUGGGAGAAAGGAGUGGUUGGAGGAAAGAUGGAUGAAAAUCGGUUUGUUGCUGUUACAAGCUCUAACGCUGCAAAGAUCUACAACCUGUAUCCCCGGAAAGGCAGGAUCAUCCCAGGAGCCGAUGCUGAUGUGGUGGUCUGGGACCCUGAUGCAACCAGAACCAUUUCUGUGACCACGCAAUGGCAGGGAGGAGACUUGAAUCUGUAUGAAGGUCUGCGAUGUCACGGUGUGCCGCUGGUCACCAUCAGCCGUGGCCGCGUUGUCUUCGAAAACGGCAUCUUCACCUGUGCUGAGGGUUCCGGGAAAUUCUACCCGCUCCGAACCUUCCCAGAUUUUCUUUACAAAAAGAUGGUGCAGAGGGACAAGUGCCAGGUUCUAAAGGGAGUGGACCGUGCUCCCUACACAGGCGAGGUUGCUGCAGUGCAGAACGCAGUGAAGAAGGAGGCAGCCCCUUCAUCUGGGGACAUGACCCCGCGACCCUGCACUCGUCACGGAGGAAUGAGAGACCUGCACGAGUCCAGCUUCAGCUUAUCUGGUGUCCAGAUUGAUGAUGACCUUCCAAAGAGAUCUUCCCAAAGGAUUUUGGCUCCUCCUGGUGGUAGAUCCAGUGGCAUAUGGUAACGUCAGCUGCUGCUAUUUUCGGAGCCACCGAAUAACUAAACGCGGAAACUAAACACCUAAUGUUAUCUGAUGAUUUCACAUCGACCAAAUUUUAUUUAACCCUUGUCACUUUGCUACUAGCAUAAUUAAAUGUCCGUGUUAACAAUUUCAGG